CCAACUAACCGGAAGACCCAGUGAAGCCGUCCGAAGCGGAGAGGUCACAGGACGACAGGGAAGCUGUUGAGCCUGAGCGCUGCGCAGCACUCCGUCCAGCGCGAGGACGACGACGACGAGGGGAGGGACAGGGAGAGGCCAAGAAAACCCAGACCGAAAUCCCCCGAGCUCACGCCGAUCCGCCUCCCGCAUUGCUUCCAGGCCUCUCGAUUCGGCCGGACCCGAGCUGCCCCGCCGGAGGGCUCGAUCUGGGCCCAGAUCGGCCUGCAUUUCGGUCCCGUGCAGGCUCCGGUUCCGGCAGUGAGGGAUGGGGAACGUGGACGGCGAGUAUGACGAGUUCCAUGCAGCCAAUCGGCGUGCUGAGGUGAUAGAUUGGCUCGGUGGAUUGCUGCCAGAGUUCGACUUGCCGUUGGAUUCUUCAGAUGAGGAACUGCGGGAGUACCUCGUCGACGGUGCGGCGCUAUGCUACCUCGCCGAGAAACUCAUGCCCGGUAUUCAGGAGGGAAUGUGGGGUGGUAAUGCAUCAGACCAAAGGUCAAAUGUGAAGAAAUUCCUCUCUGUUGUCGCGGAGAUGGGGCUACCAGGAUUCAGUGUUAAGGAUCUGGAGGAGGGAUCAGUGUCUUCUGUAGUGGAGUGUCUCCUGGCUCUAAAGGACAAUGUGACUACAGGAAUGGGUCAAAACAUUUCAAACAAUGUUAAGACACCCCUCAGAAGGAGACUAGAGCUUCGAGAAUCCGAUGGGCCUAUAAUUUCGGUUGUGACGCCAGGGAAAAGAUCUCCCAGGGAUCUGAAGUCUCAACAAAGAAGCGUUCUUCAUUCAGGACAAAAGGUCCAUGAUGCUUUCCAAAUUAAGCGGGGCUCCUACACUGAUCUUCCUGCUGCCAAAAUUUCAGAGAUGAUGCAUUCAAGUAGUCUAGAUAAUGCACCUACUCAAUCACUGCUUAGAGUUGUUAAUGGCAUUUUAGAUGAGAGCGUUGAGAGGAAAAGAGGAGAAAUACCACAUCGUGUUGUUUACUUGCUAAGGAAUGUAGUUCAAGAGAUUGAGCAUCGCAUUGCUAUUCAAGCAGAUCACAUAAGAAAUCAAAAUAGCAUCAUAAAGACUCGGGAAGACAAGUACCGUUCAAAAAUUAAAGCACUUGAGACAUUAGUAAAUGGAACAAAUGAAGAAAAUGAGAUGACAGUAAAUCGGCUUGAGCUAAUUGAGGUAGAGAAAUCAAAAAUUGAUGAGAAAAGAAAACUAGGCGAACAAGACAUGGUUCGGUUGAUGCGAGAAAAGGAGAAUGCAGAGAAUGCAAUAGCUUCCCUUCAGCAAGAAAUACAGAUCUUGAGUAGGAUGCAUGAACAGUACCGUGAGCGAAUGGAAACAGAAGCAAGACAGAUGGAGGAACACUUGACUACGAGAAUUAAGGAGGCUGAGUUUCUUCUAAUGCAAUCAAAAAGGAAAGUUGAAGAGAUCGAGUCUGCUUCCCAACUGAAAUCUCAACUUUGGAGCAGGAAGGCAAACAUUUUUCAGACUUUUAUGGAUAAUCAAAAAAUCUCCAUUAAGGACAUAAGGCUAUCAUCUCAGUCAAUUAAGCAGGAAAUGUUUGCCCUUCAAAUGAAAUGGAGGGACGAAAUAUGUAACAUUGGAAAUGAUCUAAAAGGCUUAGUAGAUGCUGCCGACAAUUACCAUAAGGUUCUUGCUGAAAAUCAGAAGCUAUUUAACGAAGUACAGGAAUUAAAAGGUAAUAUCCGAGUUUAUUGCCGUGUCAGACCAUUUCUUCCUGGUCAAGAUGGGAAAACAACUACAGUUGAUUAUAUUGGUGAAAAUGGUGAGAUUUUCAUCACAAACCCCUUCAAGCAAGGGAAGGAUGGGUGUCGAAUGUUCAAGUUUAACAAGGUGUUUAAUACACGUGCUUCUCAAGCUGAAGUAUUCUCUGACAUCCAGCCAUUGAUCAGAUCAGUUCUUGAUGGGUUUAAUGUGUGCAUUUUUGCCUAUGGUCAAACCGGUUCAGGAAAGACUUACACAAUGAGUGGACCAGGCACAUCGAAAGAAGAUUGGGGUGUUAACUAUCGAGCUUUAAAUGACUUGUUCGAAAUCUCUCUAAGUAGAAGGAACGCUUUCUCAUAUGAAGUUGGAGUCCAAAUGGUUGAGAUUUACAAUGAACAAGUGCGGGAUCUUCUAUCAAAUGAUAUUGCACAAAAAAGGCUCGGAAUUUGGAAUACUUCUCAGCCGAAUGGACUUGUCGUCCCUGAUGCGAGCUUACAUCCAGUCAAAUCAACAUCAGAUGUGCUAGACUUAAUGGAAAUUGGACAAACCAAUAGAGCAGUCGGAUCAACAGCUCUAAAUGAAAGGAGCAGUCGGUCUCACAGCAUUCUAACAGUGCAUGUUAGAGGGCUGGAUUUGAAGAAUGGAUCUACUUCCCGAGGAUGUCUACAUUUGAUCGAUCUUGCUGGGAGUGAAAGAGUUGAGCGAUCUGAAGCAAUUGGAGACAGAUUAAAAGAAGCACAAUAUAUAAACAAAUCUCUGUCUGCUCUUGGUGAUGUGAUUUUUGCUUUGGCACAGAAAAAUGCCCAUGUUCCAUACAGAAACAGCAAGCUGACUCAAGUUCUACAGAGCUCUUUAGGUGGACAAGCAAAGACACUGAUGUUUGUUCAAAUAAAUCCAGAUACCGAAUCAUAUUCAGAAACAAUGAGCACUUUAAAGUUUGCUGAAAGGGUUUCUGGAGUAGAGUUAGGUGCUGCAAGAAGUAACAAAGAGGGCAAAGAUAUAAAAGAGCUGCUAGAACAGGUUUCAUAUCUGAAAGACACAAUAUCACGGAAAGAUAUGGAAAUCGAGCAACUCCUGAAGGACAAAUCCAAAUCUCCAAGUUCAUCAACGGAUAGAAAUGACAGUAGCCAACAGAUCCGGCGAUUAUCAGGGGCUGCGGGGUCAGGUGAAGCCGAAUGUGAAGAUAAUGUGUCUGAUGACGGCUGCUCAGUAGCAGGAACGGAGUAUUCUGUUGGCGGUGCUUCAGAGGCAGCAGCAGAACAGAUGCAGAAGGCCCCAUCAAGGAUAGCCAGGCUGUUCCUGACAAAGAAUGGGCAGCCAGGAAACUCCAAACCAAAACCAAGGGAGUCUGCUCUAAAACCUCCAGGUCGCACUAAAUCUACGGGAAGCCAGGUGACUGGAGGAGGAUCUUCAGUAAAACCCCCCAAAAGGCGGUAGAGAGAUAAGAUCCCAGCAUUGUGCUGGGAAGCCAGUGUCAUGCGUCUGUAAUAUGACGCAGACAGAUUGUGCUGAACUCGUGUGGUUUUGUUGUAGGGUAUGUGUGUCGCUGUACCGGGUUCGCCUGUCGACAUUCUACUGAGUAAUGAUAAUGGGCAUUCAGCCGAUUAUAGGCUGGCCAUUUGAUGGGAAA